UUUCUUCACAGAUAUUGGAGUUAUUUAAUUCAACACCAACCAGCUUUGACAAAUGAUCCAUCAACUGCUACAUCAACUAAUAAUACUACAUCCACAGCUUUUCCAACUGAUAGGUUAUCUUCAAUAUUAAGAAAUGUUUUAAAAGUUCCAAAUAUAAAUGCAGAUACACCAAUAUCAAAAGAACAGUUUAGAAUAAUAUUUUAUUUAUUCACAUCAAAUUCAGAAUCAACAGCACCAUGCCCAAAUGGUUCUUAUAAUCUAGUCAAAACAAUGAUUAAACAAUAUCAUCCAACAAUUGACGAAAAUUCAUCAUUUAAUGAAAGUGAAUUUGAUAAAAUUUAUAAUAUUGUAAUAUCAACCCAACCUUUUUCUAAUGACACUAAUAAUAAUAAUUCAUCAGAUUUAGAGCAACAAAGACAAAUGCCAACAUUAUCUUGUAAAUCUAUAGAGUUAUUGUUUUACUUGUAUACCACCAGUAUUGUGAUAAUGAAAGAGGAAAAAAAUAGGGACAAUAGAGAUUUAAAUGAACAAAACAAAUUACCAAUUUUAAAGGUUGAUAUGAGUCUGAAAUUUAAGUAA